CUGAAUUUUCAUUUCUCUUCCUGAAGUGUGUGGAUUUAAAUGGCUGAAGAGAAAACGUUUCGCCAUGGGCUCAUUGUUCUGGGCUUCUUUCUGGUGAUGAUUGGCAUGUUCAUUAUGAGUGUGGACAAGCCCCAGAUCUACAUCACCUUCUGUACUCUGGGGAUCUUGGUCAUAGCAGUGGGGAUCACUUGGAGCAUGUGUCAGUGCUACCCGAAGAUCAGAGUUGUUUCUGUUGACACAGAAUUGGAGAAGUUCCUUGCAAAGAGUCCUGCUGCUUCAUCUGUUGAAAAUGAGAUUCUGGGGAAGAACAGUUCCUCAACUACUUAUACCACCCAGAAAGAAGCUGAAAUCUAUGAAAAAAGCCUGCCAUCUUAUGAACAGGUCCAAAUGAACAAGGCAGGUGCUGCAGAGUGCUUGGGAGUUCAAACUACUUCAGACCUGUCAGUCAGUCCAGUAGGAGAUGUCCAGCUUGUUGUGCAGGCCAAAGCAGAAGUCCACAGGGAUUCAGGAAGCAAUGGAGGUAUCCAUAAAGACGCAGAAUCCCAGAAGAAUCUUACAAGACUGUUCUGCCAGUCUGAGGCACCUCUAGCUUCUUUCCAAGAAGACGUGGAAACAUCUUCAGUGAAAUCGACUUCCAACAGUCCAUUUCUACAGAGGUACAAAGAUACUCCAAACCUUUGCUCUCCACCAGAAAUCCAGCUCAUCUUCAAACUUCCUUCCUAUGAAGAUUUUGCCUUGAUUGAUUCCCUUAUGGGGGACAGUCAGAGUAAUGAAAAGAUAGUGGAGCCAAGCAAAAUUCAUCAGUCUGUUCCUGCCACAGCAAGAGAGGAGGCAUUGCCUAUGGAUUUGGGGGCUGAGCUAUUGGAAUCCAAAUUCAUACCCAGUGUGGAAGUGGGUGAUUUGUACUAUGGAAUAUAUGAGGGACCAGAAGACAUCUUCGUAUCUGUUGAUGCUGCCUUUGAACCAAAAGACUUACUAAACACUAAGACAGGAGAAAGUGAUAACUAGAAACAAGCCUAAAAAUGUUCAUGGAAGUCAGGGAUACCGGGGGAAAGUCUCAGCCAAUCAGUUCAACAGGAGCUGAGCUUCAUUUUUAAACUAAGGAAGUGGGAGGAAAAGGGUUUCAUAUUUUUCCUGUACUCCAGAGGUUUGAUGUUGCUUGAGAACCAAAAAGGAAUGGAAACAAUAUUGCAGAAAAAGUAGAAACAAG